GUUUAACUGACGAGUUUCAGAGAUGCCAGACGUUGAACCGCACAGAUUCCCAUCAAGUGAGGGAAGAACAAGUCAGCAUGACCAAGCAGAUCUACAUGCAGUGUGCUCAGGUAGACGGCGCACUUGUGCUCUGCUCAACAGUCCCUUGCCCCAUGUCAACAGUAUCAUUUACCAUAUCCAUGAGUUCAAGAUGAUAGUGGAGAAUUGGUAUCAGCAGGUACAAAACUAUCAACCACAGAUCAAUCAGGGCAAGCAAUGCAGCAGAACUGUAAAAUUUCAGUCCAGGGACUCUGAUACUGAAUCAGUGAUGUCUACCGAGUUGUUUAUAGAAGGCAUCGCAAUAAGAGAAAGAGAAAGUUAUCCAUUACCUCCACUAUUGAUGAAAAUAAAUGAUGUCCUUGGAGAGGUUGUGUAUGUGACUGAGCGGCUAGAAGCUGAUAGACAGGCAGCAGAGGAAGCUCUACGCAAAGAAAAGGAGAGAAAAUGCUUCCUGGAGAACAAAAUAGACAGUAUCUCACUGUGGAAGCAGCAAGAACAUUCCUUAGCCGUCCAAAAAGAGCAUGAAGCUUGUAACAGAGACAUCUCUGAACUAAAGUGGCAGCUCAAAAUGAAAAGAGAGAAACUUUUUCAAGCCCAGGAGAAGAUGUCACACACUGAGAUGUUAAACCAGGGCUUGAAGGAGGACAUUAGCUUUGCUAAAAAGCAAAUUCCCAUUGUAAAAGAAAACAUGGAAGUACAACGAGGCAUCAUACAUGAGAUCAACACUGCACAGGCUGAGGCAAAUGAAGAAAACUCAGAAAUACUGAACAAUCUCAUGCAGAUGAAGAAAGAAUUAAAAAAGAUAGAGCUGGAAGCCAACAAUGAAAAGAUGUCAAUGGAUCAUAUGCUGAUGUCAACGAAGAAUCAGCUGGCAAAGAAACUGGAGGAGUUAAACUCACAGAAGAUGCUUGAGAAUGGUAUAUGUGCAGAAAUAGAGGAUGCUGGAAAGAUGAUCACUCUCACUGAGGAAGAAUGUGCAGCAAUAAGACAACGUAUCCCUGAACUGAUAGAGCUGGAGAAAACUGAAAAAGACACGGUUUUGGAGUUGAAAUUUCAACUUGAAGAAGAAAUGCAGAAGAAUAAGAAAUCAAAAGAUAAACUAACUUCCCUACAAGAACGCAUAGAGAAAACUAGACUCAGUGGGGAAGCAGAGGUUUCCUGCGUAGAAGAGCAGCUCCUCUCAAAACGCAAUGCUUUUACAGCUCUUUGUCAAGAAAACAUGGAGUUUGAAAAUAAGGUAGAGGAGUACAAGAGGAAACUUUCUGAGAGUGAGAAGGCAGUGAGGCAGAUGCGUGAGGAGAGAAAGCAGAUGCUCCAGAAAAUCAUUGACAAUGACGAGCAGUGGGAAAAGGCCGAGGAGGAAGUGACCCGAGUUGUAGCCCAGCACAGUGUCAUCCAGACUAAACUAGAAGAGCUGGAACAGUUCACCUUCAUGGAAGAGCAGAAGGCCAGGAAAGAGAUUGAAAACCUGAACAAAGAUCUGACCAGUCAGAUGACUUCCCUGGAGAAACUCAAGGGUCAGUGUGCAGAUUUAAAUGAAAAAUUGAAUCAACACCAAAAGAGCUCAGCACUAACCAACAAGAAACUCCAGGAAGAAUUUGAUGAUGCAUCCUCAGCAAUGAAAGCUCUAGAGGAGAAAGUUGAGAAAACCAAGCAGUUGACUGAAAAUUUUGACAGGAUGCUGUGUGAACACAUGAACACAUUAGCCAACCUUGACAAGGAGAAGAAAAUCAAAUGUGACCAGCUGACAGAAGCUCAGGAUUUAGAAACUGCCACUAUAAAGAGAUAUGACAACAUCCUAAACAGGACCAGUGACCUUACAAAGGAGUGCCAAGACUACCGAGAUGCUUCCGAUUCAAUGGAAAAAAUGUCUGAAAGCAUGCCAGAAGUCAUUGCAGAAUUUCAAAGUGUUUUUGAUGUGGUGGAAUCCAAAAACAAAUCAGCUGCUCUCAUAAUGAGCACUUUGCAGUCAGAUAUUAAUAACUGCCAACAACGAACACAGCGAUCCAUGCAGACACACACCGCUCACGUUACAGCAAGGAAACAAGAAAUGGAAGACACCAAGGAAGCUCUAAAAUUUGCACUGAAGGAAAAUGAACAGCUGGCAAUCAACUAUGACGGUCUACAGAAGACCCUCAUGGAGGCCCAACAGGAGGCAGCGAUCACACUCAGUGGGAAAAACCAUGAACAAAAGUAUUUUCUUUAUUACACAAAGCUCUCUUUGUUGCAGAAGAGGAUGCACAAAGCUUUGGAGAAAUACUUCAAACAACGCAGCCUCUACAGCCAGGCUGACCUGGACCGAUGCCAGGCUCUUUCUCAAGAGACCGACCAGAAAAUAAAAACAGCCCAGACAUUACAGAGAGUAGCCAUGUCUCACUGGCCCAGCCUGAAAAGGCCCCAGCAGAUCACAGCUCAAGGCAGGGAGGAGUAGGGCACAGGGGGAGGAGCUAUCAGAGAGCCGCAGAGUGUGAAGGACAAAAGAGCUGGUGUAUUCAAGCGCACCGCACCGUCACCCGUCACAGCUCAGCACAGGGUCCAUCAGAGCAGGCAGCACUCACUUUAA